CAGGUGAGGAGGACCUGUGGUUUCCUCUGCAGCUGCAUGAACCACAGCAGGGUGAGAGUCAGUCAGAGAGGAAGGAGGAGGGUCUGACUGAUGUGACCAUGAAGUGAUGAAGUGUAGAUGUCAUAUGAGUCGGUGUCAGGAUGGAGGAAACAUGUCUGCUGCGUCUGCUCUUUGUGACGUCACUGCUGAGCGGCUGCACACACCAAGCCUCUCUGAACAUCAGUCCUCACAGCUCUCAGCUGUUUGAAGGAGAGUUUGUCUCUCUGAGGUGUGAGGAGGACCACAGCUCUGAUGGAUGGACGGUGACGAGGAACACGACCAAGACCAGAGAGACCAGGACUCAGUGUGGACCUGACUGGGGAGAACAAGCCGGCUCUUCCUGCACCAUUAGCUACAUGGACCCGUUGGACACUGGAGUUUAUUGGUGUGAGUCCACAGGCGGAGCAGCCAGUAGCAGCAUCACCAUCACUGUCACUGGUGGAGCAGUGAUCCUGCAGAGUCCUGUCCACCCUGUGAUGGAGGGAGAUGAUGUCACUCUCACCUGUACAACAAAGACCUCCAUCCUCUCAGCUGGUUUCUAUAAAGAUGGCUCCUUCAUCAGGACUGAGCCUACAGGUCACAUGACCAUCCACCAUGUUUCCAGGUCUGAUGAAGGAUUCUACAAGUGUAACACCAUCAGUGAUGGAGAGUCUCCACCCAGCUGGAUCACUGUCACAGGUAAACCUACAACAACAGCCCCGCCCCCAUCUUCAGCCCCGCCCCCUGCAUCCACCCCCCUCUUUCUCGUGCUCCUCCACCUGGUGGUGUUCUGUCCGUACUGCAUCUCCACUGUCAUCAUGGUGUCUUUAUACCGACGCAGGUCCACAGGAAAUUACCUGCCCGUCUCCAUGGAGAUGGCUCCUCCCACCCAGGCUGAGCAGGGAUUGGCUGAUGGGUACGAUGAUGUCAUGGCUGCUGUCACCACAGAGCAUCACCUCUGAGUUGAUCCAACGUGUUCUCCUUCUUCUUCAGUCACGUUUCCUUCGUAGGAGCCAGAACUCUUCCUGUGGAGCUGCUCACCUUCUCGGUUCUGUUCUUGUGGAUCCUGCUGCUUCUUCUUGUGAGACCCGCCCUCCUCCACCUCUGAUUGGCUCGUCUCUAUCGAUUCCCCACAAUGAAACCACGCCCACUUCCAUGUGACGGAGGCCUCGACUUUCUGUGAAGAGGUCGGUGUGUUUACCAGGAAACUACAGGUCAUAAACUGCUGCAUCAGCACCACCAGAACAUCUGACACAACCAGAACCUCACCAAACUCAGACUGUGGACUCGUAGUAACAGAACCAACGAAGGCGACCAAUCAGAGCCUGACAGGGUGGAUUUCGCCAGAGAAGCAGUUGGGUCCAUAAGAACACUGUUCUGUCUCAGUUCACCUGUGAUUUGGAUCCUUGGCAGCAAUAUUUAGAUUCUUUCUGCUGCCGUCUCCUCCGCUCAGUUUAAAACCUUCAGACUGGCUGUUUGACCUCCACUUAUUGUAGUCACAUUGCACUGAGUCCUUCUGCUGGUCCACUGUGGUCCAAACAGAACCUUCUGUGUCUUUACCCAGAACACAGAACUCAGACUCAAGUCUCAGGCGGUACUUCGGUCCAAGUUCAUUGAUGACGAUGUGAGUUGUCUGUUUGUUGCCCUGCAGUGUGUUAACUGAAGCUCUGUGGUAUAACUAUCAAAUCACUUUCUGAGUGUGUAGAUUUAUUAGGCUGUUUGAUUAAUUUGAUUAAUGAUUAACAUUAAGUGAACUUUAUUCAGUCUUAUACUUUGUUGUUGUUGAAUUACACCUUUAAUUUAACAUGCGUAUGGAACACAAAUCACCAGACUUUCUGUUAAAGACGACAUUAAAGUGAAAUGUGAUGAUAUUAGAGACUUUGCACAUUUCCUGCUUCUCAAACUGGCAGAAUGUUUUUGUAACAUUUGUUCCACUCUGCACAGCAGCGGCUUCUUCCUGUGAGGCGUCUGAUCUACCUGACGGUGAUGUUUCUGUUCUUGUGGUUUAAGGUGAGAACUUCUCUUGUUAACAGAGGUGAGAAGCUUUGUAGUCGUCAAGUUUCCUGUUUCCAUCUUUCCGUGUUGUGCAGUCAGAGGAGAGAAACCUUCGUCUGAUGUUUCAACUCAUCUCCAGUCUGUCGCUAAUAAAAUGA